AUGGACGGCCGUUGCAAGUGCAUUUUGGGAGUUCUGGUAGUAGGUAUCCUCUUGACCAUCAUUCUGGUGCCUCUCUCCUUUAGCUACGUGGAAUACUACGAGUACGGGCUUGCACAGCGCAAAACCACGGGGUCCGUCGAUACCAGCCGUGUCUACGCCAAAGGACGAUAUGCCCUUGGACCAGACUACAAGUUUCUCAAGUACCAAGCCGAUGCUCACGUGGAGACGCUGCGCAGUUUUUCCGUCUUUUCUUCGGGAGAUUCCAAUUCUUCCAUUGGUCUAGAUUUCAAGCUAGAUAUUGACUUUACCUAUCUGCUCAAGAAGGAUGAAAUUGGCGUGGUGCAUCAGGAACUGGCAAGAUCCUAUCAAGGCAUCAUUCUCUCCAGAGCCAAAGAUGCCAUCAAAAACGAAGCUGCCCGUGUCACCUUUCUGCAGUACUUUCAAAACCGCUCUCUCGUAGAAACCAGAUUCCGUGAUGCCGUACAACGACGUUGGGAGAUCAAUCCCUCCUUGCACGCCACACUCGAUCAGUUUCAUCUGGGACGCAUCCAAAUUCCCGAAUCGGUGGCAGGCAAACAACUCGAAGCCAAAAUCCAAAAUGAACGCAACGAUCAAGAAGCUUUCUUACAAGAGGCCGCCAUUGAACGAGAAAUGACGGCCGUACUCGUCAAUAGCAUUGACCUCGAAACGCAAAAAGUACUGCGAACGGCAUUCGCACAGGCAUCCCUCAUUCAAAGUCGCGCUACAUCGCAAGCACGACAACUCAUUGCUGAUGCACAGACCGAUGGAAUUCAACAACUCGUGGCGGCGACAGAAAUUGACGGACAAGAACAAUUGACGGCAUUUACGUACAUUCGGACGCUACAAAAUCGAAGAGGGGACAGCAAUAACAACACGACGGUGGAAAUCAAUUACCUGACGCCCGAGAAUAUUGUCAAGACGCGGGCGGUGUAG